GGGAGAGGCUGAGGAGCAGAGAAGGAGCAAGGGACUCGCCGGGCUGACGGGCAGGACUGACUGGAGACCGCACAGGGACGAGGGGCUUCUGGCCAGCGGGGAGCCGUUCGCAGCAGGGGAGGCAGGCUGUGAGGGUCCCGUCCAGGGGAGACCGCAACCCGCCUCGCUCUACAGACCCCGAACCGAGGCUGCCCCGCGUGGAGGAGCCACCCCUAGGUCAGAAAGAUGGGGGAAAUUGAGCAGAUGAAGCAGGAGGCUGAGCAGCUGAAGAAGCAGAUUGCGGAUGCCCGGAAAGCCUGUGCAGACACAACGCUUGCUCAGAUUGUGUCUGGAGUGGAGGUUGUUGGCCGCAUCCAGAUGCGGACCCGAAGGACCCUGCGUGGGCACCUGGCCAAGAUCUACGCCAUGCACUGGUCCACAGACUCCAAACUUCUGGUCAGUGCCUCACAAGAUGGGAAACUGAUUGUGUGGGACACAUACACAACUAACAAGGUUCACGCCAUCCCUUUGCGUUCCUCCUGGGUCAUGACCUGUGCCUAUGCCCCCUCAGGCAAUUUUGUGGCCUGUGGGGGCCUUGACAACAUGUGCUCCAUCUACAACCUCAAGACUCGUGAAGGCAACGUCAAAGUGAGCAGGGAGCUCUCAGCCCAUACAGGUUACCUCUCCUGCUGCCGAUUUCUUGACGACAACAAUAUUGUGACUAGCUCUGGAGAUACCACAUGCGCGCUCUGGGACAUUGAGACGGGGCAGCAGAAGACCGUGUUCCUGGGUCACACCGGAGACUGUAUGAGCUUGGCCGUCUCCCCAGACUUCAAACUCUUCAUCUCCGGGGCUUGCGAUGCUACUGCCAAACUGUGGGACGUGCGGGAGGGCACCUGCCGUCAGACCUUCUCAGGGCACGAGUCCGAUAUCAACGCCAUCUGCUUCUUCCCUAACGGUGAAGCCAUCUGCACCGGCUCAGAUGAUGCCACCUGCCGUCUCUUUGACCUCCGGGCAGACCAGGAGCUCAUAGUGUACUCUCAUGAGAGCAUCAUCUGCGGAAUCACAUCGGUCGCCUUCUCCCGCAGUGGGCGCCUCUUGCUUGCUGGAUAUGAUGACUUCAACUGCAACAUCUGGGACUCCCUGAAAGCAGAGCGUGUGGGAAUCCUUUCUGGCCAUGACAACAGAGUGAGCUGCCUGGGGGUGACGGCAGACGGCAUGGCCGUUGCCACCGGCUCCUGGGACAGCUUCCUCAAGGUUUGGAACUGAGGACGGCAGCAGAGAGGGAAAGAGCAGUGGAAGCACGGCCCACAGCCCGAGCCCACGCAAACAGCAUCGUCAGCUGAGCACAACAGAAACGCCUACCUACCACCGCUUGUCUCUAGACACAGGUCACUUGUAGGGGUCUCCCAGAGUGAAAGGGAAAGGAGAGGUCGGGGAAGGGGAGCAGGGGGAGCUGGGGAGCAGGAGCUGGGGAGCAGGAGGAGCUGGGGAGCAGGAGCACACACACUGGCCCUUCUCUCCAUCUCUAAACAGGCCCGGCAGCUUCCAGCCUCGUGCGGGCUUGAAGACCUGCAAAACACCGUUCACUAUGUCUCAGGACUUUACAGUACAGUGCAGACAACCUGCGUCUUCCUUCAAACGCCUCUACCCGUGUUGACACCCAUCCUUCAGAGGACCCCUUAUCCAACACCUCUGUUCCAGACUAAGCUCUGUCCCCGAUUUAACUCUACCUAGCUUCCCUGUGCAGCUGUCCUAUAUCCCUGCAGACAGCCUCAGAGGUGUACUGGAUUUGAGAUUUCUAUCAUGCAACCUCAAACAAAAAGCUAGUGGAAAUUGGGCUCAUUUUCCAUUGGGGAAGACAUAGCUCAAGUCUUAUCUAUGCAUAAAUGGGGGAAAGGUAGCCCUCAGACCUGCCAGAAUACCAGGGAAUAUUAUAUUUAUUCUUAUUUAUUGUCUGCUGCUUGCUGUUCCUUCUCUUUUUGCCUCACUCCUGCAUCGUGUGGUGACCCUGUCUAACCAGUAGCCACCAACCCCUGUUUUCAAGUCUGUUAUAGAUCUUCAUAGCCCAGGCAAAUAAAGAAAGCUCACAUAA